CCCGAAACUUCACAUGAGCACCCAACCAGCAGCCAGCUUCCACCUGUGACACAUUCCAUAGUCUGUCUCCUCUCCCUGUGAGGAGAGGGAUGUCAUGUUGAGGGUCAAAGAAGACAUGCUUCACAUGACAGAUCUUUUCACAGAGCGUGAAGUUGCUGUUCAGCAGUUUUUUUAUCCUCACAGACCUCGAUAAAGUCAUGACCUCUAGAAAAUUCUGUUUUUUACAACCGAAUGGCUGAAGAGGCCCCUGACAGGCGGGUGUGAGAAAGCUAUCAGGGUCACAAAGUGGCCAAAUGAAAGCUACCAGCUGUCCUGAGAGGGUGUAUUGAAGACGUUUCAGAAGAAGAAGCUAAUCGUCUCAGGAGAGCCUCUGGGAGAAUCAGCUACUCAUACCUGGAUUGUUGGAGGGAUCCGUGGUCUGUCUCAUACCCUAGGACCUGAGACAUCUCUUUCUGGAUUAAGUCUGAAGGCCUCAUCGACAAAAGCUCAGCAGCUGCUUCACCUGGGCAGUCUUGCAGGAACCGGAAUCCCGCCACAUGCAGAUCAAGGAGAAAAAGGGAGGGUCCCCUGGCCAUCGCCAAAGGGCAUCCCCCCUCUCAGUCCACAGGAAGCUCAGCAGAGUCCCCCCCAAAGAUGUCUUCAAUGAUAUGAUGUUUGUGGUCGGGGGAUGGACCCAGGAGGACCCGUCUUGUCUGGUAGAACAGUUCUCUCCUGAGUACAACGAGUGGAGAUCAGCAUCACGCAUGGUCAACAGUCGUGGUGGUGUUGCUGUAGGCACACUGGACGGCAGAAUCUACACCGUCGGAGGCGAAGACAAAGUCAGAUGUUACAGCAGCGUGGAGAGGUACAAUCCAGACACAGACAGCUGGAGCACAGAUGUAGCACCCUUGAGCAGCCCCCGCAGCGGUGUGUGUCUGGUGGAGAUGGACGGCUACCUUUAUGCUAUUGGAGGACACGAUGGCAUUACUGCCAUGAACACUGUGGAGAGGUAUGAUCCAAAAAUGAACUCAUGGAGCAAGCAGGCACCGAUGCUGACCAGACGCACCAGAGCUGUCGUCGCAGUGCUGGAGGGUCACCUGUAUGUGAUCGGAGGGAAUGAUGGUGAUAUGGCUCUGAGCUCAGUGGAGCGGUACAACCCUGUAGACGGUACCUGGUCGAUAUGCGCCCACAUGCUGAGCCCCAGGGAGAACGCAGGCUGCACCGUGUAUCUCGGACACAUCUAUGUGGCUGGGGGCAGAGACGAACUCAACCUGCAGCUCUGCGCUGUGGAGAGGUUUCACCCAGACGCCAUGAGGUGGACUCCUGUCAAACGUAUGAGGAGUAAGAGGGACAACAUGUCCCUUGUAGUCUUCAAUGGCGCCAUGCUGGCAGUGGGAGGCUCUGAUGAAGUCACCAACCUGAAAACAAUCGAAGCUUACUGUCACGAAACAAACACAUGGAGACACUUUGGAAGCAUGAAGAGCAAGCAUCCGGGCGGGAGAGUGGCUGUGCUGUGCUGAGCUGAGACUCCACAAAGCAGGCAUUAUAUGAGCAGGACAGAGGUGUUAGAGAGAAAUAGCCUAAUGGAUGCACGCCAGGCUCCAGGACACAUUGUAAUACGGUUCAAUCGAGGGAGCGUAAUGACUGAAUAAUUGAAGAGUUCACUCCAAAAUGAGACAUCGCUGCAUUAGUCAAAGCUGGCAGCUGCUGUUGCAAAACAACCAAGAGCAUCAAAUUAAAGCACAUUAUAGGGUACCAGGUGACUGUUGAAGUUAGGCGCCUUUUCAUGCCUCUCACUUUCAAAACAGACCUCUUUUUAUGGAGAUGAGUCAGCGGAUAAUUGAUUUCAGGUUUAGCUGCCAAUCACAGAUUAUACAGUCCAAUUCCCACAUUAAUAUUUAAAGAAAAAGAUAUCAAAAUGAAUGAUAGAUUUACAAACCACAUGAUGAAACCAUCUCCAUUUGGAUUUUUUGAAUAAACCUGUAAUUGGAUUAUACUCCAAAUUCCUUAUUUUAGCUCUAAACACAAUAAGAGAUAAGAGCGUUACAGUGUUAAGUGUGAAAAAUCAAUCAAGUGAUUAAGAGCAUCUUCUAAAUAUUGUGAUUUAUGUAGUAAUUAAUUAUUGAUGCAGAGUAACAGGUGUGAGUCAAGAGAUAGAGGGAUUAUGGAAAUAAUGCAGGUGUUUGACUGCAGAAUGUGCAGGAAUAGUAAGGGGAGACGUUUUUGUCUACUGUAUUUUAAAAUGCAAGUAGUAACCUUGAUGUUGUGUAAAAGGAUGCUUUGAAGGUGAGAAACUCUGAUGUUUGUUGGUAGUGAAGAAAGUAUAUUGAAUGUAUAGAGUUAGGGUGUGUCUAAUGAGCUUUAAUGAAGUGCUACAAAUUU